AUGAAUCGAGUCGAGAAAAAUGCAGAUACAACUGUCACAUCAGCUGAUUCAGUCAAUGGAAAGAAAAAUAGUGUAGAAGCAUCAGAAUCAGAAAUUCGAGAAAGUUUUGCUGAUUUGAAAGUCAACGAUUCAAGUGAUCAAGCACAUCCAGUUGAAUAUGAGCCAUCAACAGAUCCAUUCAAAAUCUUCCCACAACUGAUCGUUGAUAAAAUUAUCAAGGAAUUCAGCGCAGACACAAUUCUCAAAGCAUCUUUGGUCAACAAAGUUUGGUACGAAGCUAUUGGACACUCGAAAGUCUGCAUGGAAAAGAUCAAAUUAAAAAUCUACAAGUUUUCCAAUUCAGAUGUAGCUAAAGCACUUAAAAGCAAGCGUGACUUUCAGACUAUCGUGUUUUCUUGCAAUCCGGAACAUUAUGUGGGGUUUUUAAAGCACUUUCCAAAUAUUAAGGACCUGUCCCCGAAUAGCACAUGGUGGACGUUAUGGCACCGUGAAGGCAACAAAUUUAUGUCAAGCCGUAUUUAA